AUGAACACUGUUGACCAUGCAAAAGAACCACGUCGAAUGACUGAGCUUCCACAACAGCCAUGGGCCGAAGGUAGCGUAGACUUUGCCGAUCUUCCGAAUGGUGAUCACAUGUUGGUAGUCAUCGAUGAUUACUCACGUUUCGUAGAAGUAGAAAUAGUUUCCUCUACAGCAGCGAGUCAGGUCAUCCCCAAGCUUGACCGAAUCUUCUCAAGCUUUGGCGUUCCUUCUGUAGUCCGUACUGACAAUGGCCCACCAUUCAACGGCGCAGAAUUCAAUCAGUUUGCUAACUACUUAGGAUUCAAGCACAGGAGAGUUACUCCGCGUUGGUCUCAAGCUAAUGGUGAGGUCGAAAGAUUCAUGCGAACUCUCAAGAAAGUCUACCGCUGUGCAAUCGCAGAGCACAAGCGUUAG